CAACAGACAACGCUGGCUGCUGGCUGCCACACCACCAGCCACACUGCUCCGCGCUCACGACAAGAGACGCAACAGAGUGCCAACAGAACAAGGGAGUAGAGAGGAGUCCAAGCCCUGGAGAGCCACGGGGAAGACGUACAGCCAUGGCCCAGUUUCUCAUCAAAAUCGUGAACCACUUCGCCAGCGAGAUCAUCACCAAGCGCUUGGCCAACUCGCGAGCUUUCCAGCAGUUCGCCAUGAAAACGCACUUGAAGGUUGAGCAAACGAAGAAGAAGGUGGCGGAUAACCCCGGGGAGGCGGCGAAGCUCAUGCGCGGGGCGGGGGAGAAGGUGAAGGCGGAGGUUGACUCAGUGGCGUCAAGCUUCGAGCGUUUCAAGGCAGCGCUGAAGAAGGAGGUUGCGCAAGGAGGCGGGGGUGCUAGCAGUAGUAGCGGGGCAUCAUCUUCUGCGGGGAGCGUGCCAAGAAACGGCUCAAGAUCGGAUGACAUUGCUGCGCGCGUGCAACGACGGCGGAGGAGAUGAUGGGGCCUGGGCUGCAGGGGAGACUGCGUUUCGAAGGCGCUUGUUCUUUUCAAUAGAUUUUGAUGAUUCGUACACAUGGAUUCAUUUUUGUAUGCACGGGGGACCCGUCGAUGACAACGAUGGUAUCUACCCUCGUGAAAGAAGGCAACACUACGGUGCGGAACCUCCGCGGUAUCGAGAUGAGUUGGAGACGGGUUACAGCAGUGGCUAUUGUCUUCGUCACUCGGUUAUUGACAAAGGUGGACAAGGAACGUCGCCCUAUCCCUGUCUCCAACGCAUGGGUAGCACGUUGUCGACCGUGACGGACAAGCGUCGGCCAUGGCCAUUCCUCGCUGCGUAGGCGUGGAGGCGCUCGGACCCCAACAAAUGGAGAUGCGCUCGGACCCCAAGAAAUGAACGCGGCAAGCCGAUGUGUUCCUCCAGGCACGCGCAUUUUUUGCUCAGCCAGCUGUGGUGGUGUAAAGAGGUGAAACACUCUGUUUCUUUCACGAGGAUUUUUUUUGUGCGAGAUCUCGCCCCCUGCGCUGGGACGGAAGAAGAGUCCCACAGCUGGUUCAGUGUUGUUUCCGCCUGUUACGCGUGCAUGCGUCGUUCCUGAGAAGACUGACUCCUUUGGCGUUUUUAGAAGCUGGCUUGGUGUUUCCUUCAGAGGAUAUUGGUACUUUGGAUCUCGCUUUUGUGCGCGUAGACCUUGGAUGAGGAGAGACUUCCGGCGAUAUGUAGCAGUGAGAAAGGCAAGAGGUGGCACGCAGUUUUCUGCUUGGUCAAGAAACCAUGCGGCGUUGCUGCUGCUGUCUGUGCACUUGUCGGCGGAACACCCAGGUUGCAAUGGGAAUAAAGCGCUACAAUGGUAGGCACGUCGCACUGGCGCUAGCCUCGACAGAAUGUUACCCGGCAUAGUCUAUGUGCCAAGAAUGAACUUGCCGUUGGGUUUGUUAAAGUACAAGCGUUUCUCUUGACCGGAAAGACGGGAGGCUCGCCCGCUUUCUCCUGCCGGGUACAAGUAUAGAUAUUAUUUUGUGCGCGUUGGCCUCUGCUUCCCUUGAUGCGGCAACUCACGAACUCCUGUGCUUCGUUUUUUUUUUUCAAGCGUCAUCGAUUCUUUGUGGUUGCGUUGUCCUUGCCUGUGAUUUAUGUACACGUUCGCUAUCCGUAUAUUUGGUUUGGGGGGGUCGAGAGACAGGAGGGAGAGGAUUGUAGGGACAGCCCUUUGCGUGUUUGUAGUAAAAGCUUGUUGCACUUGGACUUUUGGUGUCCGCUUUGUUAUACGCCGGUGUCUGGCGAUCCUCUUCAUGAAGGGUACAAUCUCCCCAACGUCUGUAGAGGACGGUUCCCCCGUUUCUCUUGACGCUGGGGUUUGCAUGGGCCGCAAACAACUUGAUUAGUCUGGUUCCCUCUUGGCCUUGGUAGCAAAGUGAGCAAAUACCAUCGAACGAG